AUGAGUGAAAAAAAGUCUUCGGAAGCUGAGAAAAAGGCUAUGCGAGAAGCCGGAACCAACGAGAGCCCUUAUCGGCUCCGUGACCAUUCCAAGCCCCCAUCUCGUUACCGAGACUACGUUGAUGAGGAUAACUUGAAGGAGUCGAAAAACAGUUCUUUUAAGCAGAAAAAGCCCCGUGCGAAGCAAACCCCAGUUCCAGAACAAGUGACGCCUUCUAAGCGUGCUCGGACAACUAGUAGUAAUGGUGCAUCACCAAGGACUGUGGUUCAAAUGGACGAUGAUUUGAGCAGUAAUGCUUCUGGCACUCUUGGAACUCGAACAACCUCAAAGUCAGACUCCCGAACUGUGUCAGUGCAGCCUCAUACGAGUACGCAAGAUGCCUUUUCUACUAGAGCGUCAAGUGAAGCAUCGUCAGGACAAGCUCCGUCUCGACGAUUACCUGGAAGACCUCGCCCAGGGCAGGCCGAUCUUUCUCAUACUAUUAAAGACAACUUGCGUCGUUUAAAGAAUGUUUUAAAACUUCCGAAGGCUCGACGUUGGGUUUAUUGCGAAUUCUUUUAUUCUGAAGUUGAUCAACAGCUCUUUCUUGGCGACAAUGAAUUUUCACAGCUGCUUCGUGAAUCCUUCCCGAAUCUUCGUUGUCGCAACCUACGUAGGCCUGAAUGGCGUGCUAUUCGACGCCUCAUAGGGAAGCCUCGUCGUUGCUCCCAAGCUUUUUUGAAUGAGGAACGUGCAGCCCUUGAGGCCAAGCGUGCUAAGGUGCGGCAGAUAUACGAGGGGACUGUUAUGAGUUUAUCUUCUGAUUCUCUUGAUUUGCCUCUACGUUUACCAAGGCCACUUGUUGUUGGAGCAAAAAUUUAUGCUCGUGUGCGGCAACCUAAGGAUGGUAUUUAUGCUGGAACUAUCGAUGCUGUGCUUCCAGAUUCUUAUCGUGUCGUUUUUGACAAGGAAGAAAUGAUCCCACCACAGAUUAUUAAAGAUUCAGAAGUUAUGUCUGAACAGCGGGUCGAACUUUUAUCCCUGACUUAUUUUCUGGAGCAAAAUCGAGCGUCUAUGCCUUCAUCACUUAUAAAAUUGGGUUCUGCUCAGCAGUUAAUGUCCUCUCGUUUUGGUGACAGUAGGUUACCAUUUGGCAGACAUGAUUCUAUGUCUUACUCAAAAUUAGGAAUUCCACGAAGGUUGCCUGUAAACGCAAGAGAUGAAAAGGUCGGAAACUUUCCUGUGAGGAUGUUAGUGAUAUUGGUGAAACUGGCUAAGCUUAUUGAAUUAAAGAGAGGCUUUGUGAAACAGCUGACUGACUUAAAUGAUGAGGCUGAGAAAACGAAUCUUUUUUCUAAUUCGUAUCCUGCUACAUUCCAGACAAAAUAUGCUCAAUUAGUAAUUGAUCUUGAAACUUUAAAUAAGCAAAUGCAGUCUUAUUUAAACGGAGUUAAUGAGUACAUUACGCAGCUUCUCCCCCAGUUAAGUGAAGUCACUGUGACGUCACGUCCAGAAACUUUGAGAAAGCUCUGCCAAACACAUGCAGUACAGAUAGUGAAGCAUUGUAACAAUGGCCUCAAUGUCAAAAAGAAACGAGCUCUUGACUUGAUCACUUCUCUUAUAGCUCUACUUCUUCAGGUGAGAUCGCUGGGCCAGCAGCGGUGUACAGCUUAUGACCUCCAUACUCUCGCAGAAUCAUUAACGGACAUUCGCAAAUUUAUUCAACCGUCUAAUACUGCUGCUUUUCAAGAUUACGUUGAAGUUCAUAUGAAGCAAAUUCAUAACAUGAUGCUUAACAGUGGUGCUGUUUAG